AAUUUUUUGGGCUAUCGAUGUCGAUGUCGAUGUCGUUAUUGUCGGUGCUACUUUUUUUCAUUCAAACAAAUGGCUGCGGUAGAGGAGGAAGAUAUAAAUAAUUUAUAUCUGCCUUUCGAAAUGAGACCUGGGACAGAUCUUACUAGCAAACUUAUCCUAAACAACAAAACCGUUAUAAAUAUUAUUGUUCAUCAUUUGCUUGGGAUAAAUAUUCCUAAUAAUGCAUAUCUUUCUGGUUCAACGGAAUGGGCAGAUGGUAAAAGAUCAGAUGCCUUAUAUAUACCAAGAAAUGGAGUGACACAUGAUCUACCACCCAUCUUAAUUGAAGUUCAGAAUUGCAUUGACCAACUAUUUAUGAUAAGGCUAAUUAACUAUUGCGCUCAUGUGUAUGAACGUUAUGAAGUAUUGCCUGUAGUGCUUGUCUUUGUAGUAAAAAAGUUCUCCAAUACCACAUUCGAGGAAAAAUUCGUUAAGAAAGCCAAUGUUCCAUAUAUACUAGAAACCCAGUGUGAAUUUUGGGCGAAGUCAACUAAUUUCGUUUCAGCCAAGUCAAUUGAAAAUUUUGCUCAAGACUCCAUGGAUCCGUUUGUAGCGCUUGCCUAUUUUACCAUAUCACAGACGCAAGACUUGAAAUCGCUAACGUUUGCUGCUGAUAUGACGGUACGCUUUCUGUACUCUAUAUGCCAAAAAAACAUGAAGAAAAAAAACAAGAGUGAACUAGAUCAGGUUUUUGAUCAAGCUACAAACCAAAUGCAAAAAAUAGUUGAACUACAAGAUGAAGAUCCUAUUCUGAUGCUGGAAAAGAGCAAAAAAAUUGCCAAAGAGUUUCUAGAAACCAUUCAAGGCCAGAAAAGAAAGUUAAAUGAAGAAUAUGAACUAGAUCUACAAGCCUCACAGGAACAACAGCAAAAAUACACAAGAGAGGACUUUCUUUUUAUCGAAAGCAUGUCGGAACCAAACAAGCCAAAAAGCUGGAGAAAGAUUUUCAAUGCAGGAAAAGCCAAAGGGUUAUUUAACUCUUAUACCUCAGCAAAUUCGUUAAAAAGCUCUUAUCACCAUGCCGUUAAACGUGCCAAGAAACAAAAAUAAUUUUUAUUUAUUUUCAAAUAAAGUCUUUUUUUAUUAUUGCCUGGCUAAGCAAAUUAAUAGUUUGAUUUUCUACAUCGGAAGAAAAG